CCGUUACCCUGGAGUCGAGGUCGCCGCGCCUCGGCCACCCGGGAGCCGCUGUCCCCGCCCCUGUCCCAGCCCUGUGUUCAAACUUCCCGCACCCCGGCAACCUCGGCACCCGCCCCGCAAGCCUCCGCAGGAGCCAGGCACCCGCUGUGUGGCGGCCGGACGCCGAGGCCCCGGCGGGGAGUUCGGUCCGGGGAGGGAAGGGAAUAAAGCUUAUCUUCUGUUAAUGUGAAUUGCAGACUACAGACAUGCCGUGGAGAAGACUGUGAAAAUGCUCUUCAUUGUUGGGAAUUUGUGAUAUGUUAAUAGAGACCAUUUUUCAAAAGAAUGGGGGAAAGAGCAGGAAGUCCAGAUACUGAUCAAGAAAGAAAGGCAGGCAAACACCAUUCCUCCUAUUAUUCAUCUGAUUUUGGAACUACACCACAGUCUUCUUGCCAGUCAUCACCAGUCAAUGCUUCUUCACCUGCGAGCAUUAGGGGGAAGAGUCCUAAAAGACAGAUUUCAGAUAGCCAAGUGCAUCAACAAGCCCCUAUGAAACGAAGCCCUAAGGGUGUACCAAACAGAAAGGGAGUCCGAGUAGGAUUUCGUUCUCAGAGCCUCAAUAGAGAGCCAGUUCGGAAAGAUCCCGAUCUUGUUACAAAACGGAUACUUUCUAACAGACUGCUAAAAAUCAAUGAGUUGCAGAAUGAAAUAUCUGAACUUCAGGUCAAGUUAACCGAACUGCUGAAAGAAAAUAAGACUUUAAAAAGGCUUCAGUACAGACAAGAGAAAGCCCUGAAUAAGUUUGAAGAUACAGAAAAUGAAAUCUCACAACUUAUAGUUCGUCAUAACAAUGAAAUUACAUCACUCAAAGAACGCUUAAGAAAGUCUCAGGAGAAAGAACGGGCAACUGAGAAGAGAAUGAAAGAUACAGAAGGUGAACUAGUUAGGACAAAAUUUUCCUUAGAGAAACUGAAAAAGAUCUCUGAAGCUAGACAUCUACCUGAACGAGAUGAUUUGUCAAAGAAACUAGUUUCAGCAGAGUUAAAAUUAGAUGACACUGAGAGAAGAAUUAAGGAACUAUCAAAAAACCUUGAGCUAAGUACUAACAGUUUCCAGCGACAGCUGCUUGCCGAAAGGAAAAGGGCAUUUGAGGCUCAUGAUGAAAAUAAAGUUCUUCAAAAAGAGGUACAAAGACUGUAUCACAAAUUAAAGGAAAAAGAGAGAGAACUGGAUAUAAAAAACAUAUAUUCUAAUCGUCUGCCAAAGUCCUCUCCAAAGAAAGAAAAAGAACCUACAUCAAGAAAAAGUGCUGCCUGCCAGAGUGAUUUUACAGACCUGUGUACAAAAGGAGUGCAAACCACUGAAGACUUUAAGCUGGAAGAAUUUCCUAUAACACCACAAACAAUUAUGUGUUAUGAAAAAAAAUGGGAGGAGCCAGAACAUCUUCCUUUGGACCUGUCAUCCCAAGUGCAAGAUGAGCAUGAAGAAACAGGGAUUCUAAGCCCAAUUGUGGAAAGAGAAGAAAAAUUCAUUAAAGAUCAAGGACUCCAUGUUGUAAAACAGGAGAUUGAGAAUCUGGAGGAUGAUGAAGAAGAAUGAUCCUAGGCAAGUGACCUUAUAAGGAAGGCACUAUUGCUGAUUCAAGAAAAAGGACAAAUUAACUGGGGGAAGCUCCAGAGGAAGAAGGAAGAGAUAGGUUCAAAUGUAUAUGGUGGAGUGGACACUGUGAUGAUCUAAACCAUAUCUAAAAUCCCUUUUGUGGUAAUUAUCCUUAAUUUUGAGUACUCCUCUUUCCAAGUCCAAGUCUAUCAGGUAAAUGACUCCAAGAGCCCUAUUCUCAUUGCAUUUUAUGUGAGUGGCAUAGAACAUAGUUUCAGAAUAGAAAUCUAUAUGCAUUGUGCCUCCUGUAACUAUACAACUGGACAGUACAGCCUGGAAAUCUCAAAUCCUACAUGCAUUGUGAAAAUUUCAUACCACCUUGUUUCUACAAAUGGAAUAUGGGAUUCAAGUCCAAGAUAGCAUAGAUUUAUUGCUUGACCAUAGUUACUAGUAUAGGGAAGGCAUCUCAUCCUAUUUAUUUAUUUAUUUAUUUAUAAUUUGAGAGGCAGAGAGAGAGAGAGAGAGAGAGCGAGCGAGCUCCCAUCUACUGGUUAACUCCCCACAUGUCCAUAAUGGCUAGGGCUGGGACAGGUCAAAGCCAGGAGCCAGAAUUGGGAACUCAACCCAGGUCUCCUAGGUGGUGGCAAGGACCUAUCUACCUGAGCUAUUACCUGAUGGCUCUGAUGGUGCCAUGAACAGUAGGUUGGAAUCGGGAGUGGACCUGGAACUUGAACCUAGGUACUUCAGUGUGGGAUGCGAGCAUCCAAACCCACGCCUUAACCACUAAGCCAAUGCCCAUCCCUUAAUCCAAUUUAGACCCCUGAGAUUUGAGAAGGACUUUCUUCAGACUUUUGAAAAAAAAUGUUCUUUGCUCUUUUGAGUGAAAUUCAGUAAGCAGCCCUCAUUCUGGGCUUGAAUGUGAAGAGAGAGAAAUGGCCCUAGAACUGCUGCAGCCAUCUUGGGACCCUGAGGAGCCUGCCCUGAGGCUGAUGCUGUUAUCCCUAUGGGCAGAGAAGAGGGACAGAAUCCAAGUCUUCAUGGCAUUGUUGAGCUGCUGAAGUUUUACCUCGCUUUGAACUUGCAGUUGCAGGAACCUGUAAUUCCUCUUCGUUGUUUUAAGCCAAUAGCUGUGAGAGCCUUGGAAGAAGAGUACAGACACUUGUUCCUCUGAGACCAGAGGAUGAAAAGAAACAGAGAUGUCUCAGUAGAAAAAUGUCAAGUUUUAUUUAUUUGUUUGUUUGCUUGUUUCUUUACUUCUGUUUAAGUGUUUUCUAUGUGUUGAGUAACAUAUUUAACCCGUUACACCCUUUUGUUCCCAUAGGCUCAUAGUAGUUCUGUAACACUUAGCAUCCCUAUUUUAUAUGAAUAAAUGGGGUAUUUAAGAAGUUGAGAGACAGCUAGGUCCCGUGGCAGAAAGUAGUGCAAGUCACAUGCAUUCGGGCCUGCAGGGCUUCCACACCAUUGCUCUUUGCCAUCAGGUAGACCUCAGCAGGUUUCCCAGGAAUACAGGGAGUGUGCAGAAGUGGACAGCAAGUGGAGCAGGGUAAAGCAGUGCCUGAGGAGUGUGGAGAAAGCAGGAAUUCAUUGUGAGAUAAAUGAAAGAAUUGUUGAGCAAGAGAGAGGCUCUGGGCAUGAACAUAAUGAGGCCCCUUCACAUUGUGUCAGCUUAUCUACAUAUCAAAAAUAUUGAACUGAGGAAGACUCAAUGUCACCAAAUCAGGUUAAAGUCUUUCACCUUGUAGGUAUGGAACUGAGCUCCAGGGAGGAUGCUGUGGAAUAGUGGUAAUGAUUAGAGUCACUGAAAUUCACAGCUGGCUAGUUCUCCUUGGAGCCUGGUUCCACCAUUCAGGAUUUUUCUUGAAGUCACAUUCCAGGUAAAUGGGCCAGACAUAAUGUGGCAUUAAUACUGGAGUAGCCAGUCAGAAAUCCUACCUGUUGUUCUAUAGACUUGCAGUUUGUCAAUGGAGUGUAAACACUAAUUGAUACCAGGUCCUUCAAUCUUUCACACCACUUUUUUUCCCUCUUUUGGGAAAACUUCCUCUCUUUAGUUUUUGUCUUCAUGUUGUUUUUACUUGUCCCUGAUGGUGGGUGAGUGCUAUAACUCAAGUUUAGGAAAUUCAAGGCUGGGUCCUUCCUAUGUAGCUAUUUCCUCUCUUUCCUAAGGAAUGCUUAUGUUGCUUACCACAGGGUUGUGGUAAAUAAAGAGGGGGUGUUCAAAGAAAUAUUGUAUAGUAAAAUCCCCUGAGAAAAAGCAUACUUGGGACAUCACAGACUACAUGCUUAUUUUUAGCCCUUGCCCUUAAAAUGGUAUUUUGCAAGUGAGUAAAGAAGAAAAAGAAGCUUAUCAAUCUGGGAAGGAAAAAUAAACUUCAAAAGAGGUAAAUAUUACUGGGUGGAAUCAAGAUUAAAAAUGAUUUUUAUAGACUCGAAUAUUCUUAGUAAGGAAUAAUAUAGAAGCCAGAAGCUAAACCACAGCUUGCUAGAAAUGUGUAGAUCCUGCUUUGGAUUCAAAGAAUUAAUAUUCAGUUGAGGUAGAUGGCCCUAAUUAGUUGCUCAUGUAGAAAAUUUCUGAAAGUUUCAGUUGACUUGAAGUUGACAAUGAACCACAGGCUUUACUGCAUAGAGAUCAAAGGGGCAAAGAGGCCCUUGGGAGUCUGGCAGGCUUAAGCACAUGUGGAACAUGGGUCCACUCUGGAUGACUCAUUUUAGAGGGAUGCUUAGCAGCUCAGGGACCUCCAGGUAAGUGUGGUAAGAGUCAGAAAAUCACAAAGAAAGAUGGAAUAAACUAAGAUGUCACACUGAACCAAAGAAAGUUUAGGAUUGAAGCAGUCACAGAGAAGGAAAGGGAUUUAGUUCUGCUUUGCUCAAGGGCACAGAGAACCAGCUAGUGGAAACUACAGGAAGGAAGGCACAAGUUCCAUUUACGACAGAACUCCCACAUAUUUAGAUCAGUUUGUAAAUGGAAUGUCUUAUCUGUCUUAUCCAGUGAAUUAACAAUGAAAAGUCCAUUCAACUCUAAUAAUUAAUGAUUUAUGAUCUUCUAACUAUCUCUAAUUCAUGUAAAGAGAAGCACUAUUAACCUUGUAUAAAUGGCUUCUCAGUAUUUUCCAUACAUAUUGACAUACACUAUUUAUUUAUAUUCUUUUAUAAUUUUUCUUUGUAUAAGGAGAACAAAUUUCAUGUACUUCCCACACUGCCCUCCCUCCCACCCAUGUUUCCACUAUCCUACCUGCUUCCUUUCUUAUUCUUUCUUGUAAUUUUUAAAAUGACAUACUUUCAAUUUAUUUUAUAAUCAUAAGUUUAACCCUCCACUAAGUAAAGAAUUCAACAAAUAGUAAGAAAAAAAGCACUGUUCCUCAACAAUAGAGACAAGGGCUGUAAACAAUAAUCAAAUCUCAAAAUGUCAAUUUCACUGAUACACAUUACUUUUGUUGUAUUAUAUGAGUUAUUAUAGAUCAGGGAAAACAUUUGAUAUUUAUGUUUUUGGGACUGGCUUAUUUCACUAAGUAUAAUGGUUUCCAGUUGCAUCCAUUUUGUUGCAAAAGACAGGAUUUCAUUCUUUUUUUUAAAGAUAAGUAGUAUUUCAUACUGUAUAUUAUAUAUACCACAUUUUCUUUAUCCAGUCAUUGGUUGAUGCACAUCCGGACUGAUUCCAUAUCUUUUUAAAAAAUUAUUUAUUUCAAAUUCAGAAUUACAGAGAAAAAGAGACAGAGAGAGAGAGGGAGAGAGAGAGAGAGAGAUCUUCUAUCUGCUGGUUCAUUUCCCAAAUGGCUACAAUGGUCAGGACUUGGCCAGACUGAAACCAGCAGCCAUGAGCUUAUUCUGGGUUUCCCAUUUGGGUGCAGGGGCCCAAAGAUUUGGGCCAUCUUCCACUGCUUUUCUAGGUGUAUUAGCAGGGAGCUGGAUUGGAAAUGGAGCAGCUGAGACUUGAACCGCCACCCAUCUGGGAUACUGGCACUGCAUUUGGCGGCUUUACCAGCUACUUCACAGCACUGGCCCCAAUUUCAUAUCUUAACGAUUAUGAAUUGAGUUGCAGUGAAUAUGGGAGUACAGAUAACUAUUUCAUAUGCUGAUUUCAUUUCAUUUGGGUGAAUUUCCAGGAGUGGAAUGGCUGGGUCAUAUGGUAGAUCUGUUUUCAGAUAUCUGAGGAAUCUCCAUACUGUCUUCCACAGUGACUGUACCAGUUUAUAUUUCCAUCAACAGUGGAUUAGAGUACCUUUUCCCCUACAUCCUCACAAGCAUUUGUUGUUUGUUGAUUUCUGUAUGGAAGCCAUUCUAACUGGGGUGAGCCAUUUCUCUGAUAGCUAGUGAUCCUGAGCAUUUUUUCAUGUCUGUUGUCCAUUUGAAUUUCAUCUUUUGAAAAAUGUCUGCUCAAGUCCUUUGCACAUUUCUUAACUGGAAUGUUUAUUUUGUUGUUGUUGAGUUUCUUAGGCUUUUAUAGAUUCUGGAAAUUAAUCCUUUAUCAGUUGCAUAGUUUGCAAAUAUUUUCUCCCAUCUGUCAUUGUCUCUUUACUUUGUUGAGUGUUUCCCUUGCCGUGCAGAAGCUUCUUAGCUUGAAAUUUUUUAUUUUAUUGCUUGUGCUUGUGGGGUCUUUUCCAAGAAAUCUUUGCCUUUGCCAAUGUCUUGUAGCAUUUCUCCAAUGUUCUCCUCUAGAAAUUUGAUGAUAUCAGUUGUAAAUUUAGAGCCUUCAUCCAUUUUGAGUUUUUAAAGAUUUCUUUUAUUUAUUUGAAAGGCAGAGUUAGAAGGGGGGAGGGAAGAGAGAAAGAGAGAGAGUCUUCCAUCCACUGGUCCACUGGUUCACUCCCAAAAUGGGCUGUAACAGCCACGGCUGGGCCAGACUGAAGCCAGGAGCCAGGAGAGUCUUCUAAGUCUCUCAUAUGGAUUCAGGAACCCCAUCCUCAGCCAAUUUCCCAGACAAAUUAUCAGGGAUCUGGAUCAGAAGUAGAGCAGCCAGGACUUGAACUGGCACUCAUAUGGGAUGCCAGUUCUGCAGACAUUUGCUUAACCUGCUUUGUCACAACUCUAGUGCCUUGAGUUGAUUUUUGUAUAAAGUAUAAGGUAGGAGUCUUGUUUCAUACUUCUGCCUGCAUAUAUCCAAUUUUCCCAGCACCAUCUGCUGAAGAGACUGUCCUUUCUCCAGGAAUUGAUUUUAGCUUCUUUGUCAAAGAUUAGUUUGUUGUAGAUGCAUGGAUUGAUUUCAUGGAUUUCUAACUUCACCAAACUCUCUUAUGAGUUCCAGUAGUCUAUUAGUGGAGUCUUUGGUUCACCUGCAUAUAGCAUCAUGUCAUCUGCGAACAGGGAUAAUUUGACUUCUUCUUUUUCAAUUUGUAUCCUUUUGAUUUCUUUUUCUUGCCUAAUGGCUCUGGCUAAAAAUUCCAGAACUAUAUUGAAUAGCAAUGGGGACAAAGGGCAUCCUUGUCAGGUUCCUUAUCUUAGUGGAAACACUUCAGUUUUUCCCCCCUUUCAAUAUGAUGCUGGCUGUAGGUUUGUCACAUAUUGCCUUGAAUCUGCUGAGAAAUAUUUGUUUCACAUAACUUUUCUUGAAAUAAGGAGUAUUCCAUGCAUACUCCAGUACAAUCUGUUUUUCUUUUUCACAUAGCAUAUAGUAAAUCUUUUCCUAUAUUAUUAAGUAAUGUUUUCCAACCUGUCUUCUUUGGGUUACAUUGAAUGUGUGCUCCAUAAUUAUGCAACCAGCCCCUAUUUUUGGACACUUAAAUUAUCUCUGUUUUCUGAUUGGUUAUAAAUAACCAUAUAAUGAACCUUAAUGCUUUCUCUUAAGCAAAAUGGACCCAUCUUCAAGGAGAAUAGGCUUCAUGAAUUUAUCAGUCAAACCCUAUAAGGGAGUUAAUUCAUUCUUAUCAUUUUUAAAGGAUCUAAUUUUCCUUCUAAAGUUACUUAACCUGGACACACAUUUUGAGGCAAGGAUUCCAAUUUUUAAAUGUUCUAUUGAACAGGGAACAUACCAGGCAUUUUAUGUGUUGUUUUUUUCCAUUUAUAAAAUUGUCCCCUGCAUGUUGAAAAUGCCUCAGGGCAAGAUACAAAAUAGAAAACAUUUAAUUAAAUAUAUAAAGCAGAACACUAAUAUGGUAGCAUAAUCAAUGCUAAUGACAAUAUGAAAAUAUUAUAGUGACUAUUGAAAAUGUAGGAGAAAACCAUAGGUUAGUGUUUAUAAUAUAGAAUAUGAAAUAUUUCAACUUGCAAUUCCACAUAAUAAGUAAGAAUACCACACGUGAUCAUACUAGAUAUAAAUUGCAUUAUUUAAAAAUAGAACUGUUUACUUCCACUAUUUCAUUUCAUAUUUCUGAGAUAAGUGUACUAAAAGCAAAACAAGAAGGUUUUUGGACCAAAGUUCAAAAAGCAGGUAUGAGUAAGUAUGAAUAUAUUUGAAAUGAUUUCCCUUUGCUAAUAAUGAUCAUUUUUGUCAAUUCAGGCCCUUUUUUGUGCCUUAUGAUUUAGUCAGGCAAAUAUGUGUGGGAAAUAUUUUAUUUGCAAAUAAAUCCUUUAACAUUUGUAAUGUAGACAUAAGCCCAUAGCUGAGCCCAGUCUGCUUUCUCCAAAGAAUUAAAAAGAAACUUUAGCAAGUGACCCUUAUAGAAAUCUAAAGAUGAUUAAGGAAGACUCAGGAUGAGCUAUGACUUGGGGUGGCAAUAUAUCCAGGGAUAAAACAUCUCUCCAUUAUUUGUGAAGGUGUUCUCCGGGAUCAUAAGGAAAACAAAAAGCUAUCUGAUGGAGUUUAGUUUUAGAAGGAACUAUUACAAGGUUUUGAGAUGGCCUUACUUGAAUCACAUAGUCCAUUUAUUUAGGAUAAUUUAGUAUUUUUAGAAGCCUUGUUAUUUGAGAAUAUAUGCUCAGAAUAGGUCUUCAACAUGCUCCAUCCCCAGCAAGAAGGGACAGUGCCUAUGUUGCUAUGGAAAUCAGACUUUUAGUCCUUGGCCUCUGUGUGUCCUAUUUUUCCAAGCCGAGGAGAAAAUUGUCCUUGUAGCUAAAUUCCCCAGGGACCUGACGCCCUGUGGCUUUCCCGGUACACUCCAUGCAAUACUUCAAGCUGAGGAUGAAGUGAUGCCGCUGGCUCCAUUCUUAUUUCCUAGAGCCAGUCGCCGUGGCCACCACUUGACUUGGCAGUGGCUCAGAAGAAGGUCUUUGGACAUGGAUUGUUGUGGACCUUAAAAUGUUUGGGGAAAGAAUGAGGAAAGGACCGAAGUGAGAGGGAGAAGAAAGGGCAGAAAUGAAGCACAGAACGUGUCACCUCCGUGUAGCUGCAUGGUGGCCUCACCCAGACGUGUCUCCGUGACCUCCCACUGUUGUCCGAGAGAGUCCAGCUGCUCUAGCCUGGGUGCUCGUCUUGGGGUCUCUCGCAGCCGUGACCACAAGAGAGUCUGUGACGUCUGUGUUCAGGCCUUUUCCCUGGUCUUGAGUGAGUCCCCACCCCCAUCCCAUCUAAAUCCCAUGUGGAUAAACACUUUUAAAGAAAGCAAGGAAAACAACAAUAUCUUGGAAAUUUUAUUUGAAAUAAAUUCAGAGUGAUUAUAAAGUAAUAGUAUUCAAAGAGAGGGAGCUGUCUGCACGGGAGGUAAAUGUAUGGCACCAGGUAUGGCUACCACAGAAAUCAUUUGUCUGUUUUUCAGAGCAAGUAUAAUUUAUUGUCCCCUGGUUGUCCUGAGCGUCUCAUCAUCUACAUGAUGAGUUCUCGAACCGGACCUCACACCCAGACAACUGGAUGGCAGGAGAAGCAUCUUGGGACUUAUUUCAGGAUUUGAGAUCUCUUUUACCACACAAGUACAAGUUGAUUGAAACAUAUUUUGUUCUACUUCCAGUUUUCUGAAUACAAUCUUUGCUUCUUUCCCACCCUCUUUUAAUUGCAUGUGUAUGAGGAAUAAAGUGAGAAUACAGUUUUAUACAUUGUUGUAAUUGGCUACACAACUGUAACCCAAUAGCACCAUACAUACAAACUGUCUACUGCCAUCCCACCUUUUGGGUUGCUGAUGGGGCCACCCUGAUACUGUCUGGCCACCUGCCAUAGUGUCCAUAGGGCUCAUGUAGGGCUGGUGUUCUCAGGCACAUCAUCACUGUAAGCUGGACACUGCUACAAAUCAUCCUUUUAAGGGUUUUGCAUUGUAAUUUAUGUAUACUGUAUAAUAUAAUUUAUACUGUAAAAUUAUACUGGUAGAGUUACAAAAUGGACAAUCACUUGAGGGCCCUGUGGGAACAAUUCCAUGGCUGGCUUGUCCCCAGUGCUUCAGUUUCUUAGUAAAUGAAUUGGUACCACAUCAUUAAUCCACUAACAAAGAAAGGAUUUUUUUUUAUGUUUUUUAAAGUUCCCUUUCACUGCUGUAGUGAAACAUAGUCUUUAAAAUGCCACGUUCUGGCUUUAGGGUGUUUACUUAUUUUGUAUUGACCUUUUCAUCAGAAUACAGAGAGGAGAGACACCUAGCAGAGGACGGACGGGUGGAUGUGUCGGGAGAUCUGAUUGGCAGUCGCCCCCUGCCGCCUGCUCCCAGUGACUAGAGGAGCCCAGUGCCUCCAUGCACUGGGGAAGAAGCUAUAACACAGCGCAAGCUCUUCCACCUCCUUGUACUUCAGAGCUGCUCCAGAGCGCACAUGUCCUUAGGCAACUGUCAAAUGUAUCAGAUAAUGUAUGAACAGCUGUCAGGGUUUUGCUAAGCUCACCACUGCCUCAAACACAGUUCAACUUCUGCUAUUCCCUCAUGCGCCUCUUUUCUAUUUUAUUUCCUUUUUCUUCCUCAGCAUCAGCUCCCCCCCUUCACUCCCCUCUUCCUCCCAGCCUCUUCACAUCUUUGGCAUUUGAUUUUUCCCCUUUAGAAUGAUGCCCUUUCCUUGCCUGGUCCCUAAAAGCUAGCAGUCUUUCAAGGGAAGCCCCGAUAUCCUCCUUGUUAGGAAGGGCAACUCUGCUAAAACUCCUUCCUAAUUUUAGUUUCCUGACCUCCAAAUGAAUGAACAGUCAUACACCCAUUCGGUGUUUAGUAGGAAGGGACCGUGGAGGACUUGUCAUUCAGCCUCCCUCUGCACGUGGCAUUCGGCCCAGCCCAUGAGCGAGUUGAGAAGGGAAGUACUCUGCCCGUUCCCCCUAAAGCGAGCACCUCUCUGCUACCCUGCCACCUCAGAGAUUGUCCUUUACAGCAAAAUCAAAUACAAAUACACUGAAGUCACAGUUUGUGAAGGGGUUGUUUUUAAAGUAAGCAGCUGAGUUCAAAAUUACCCUUGGAAUUCCCAGUCAUCGUCCAGAAAUGACAGUCAAUACAGUUUUGUGGGUCCACAAGGGUGCUUUCAAGAGUUUGUGGAAAUGGAAUGAAAAGGUACAUUUAUUGUGGUGCAAAGAAACUGAAAUCCUUGAGUAGAUUUUUUCAUGGUAUACGUUUUCCAUGCAUUUUUUGAAGACCCCCUCAUAUGCUUGGAUUUCAAACUUUUGUGCCCAAUUAAACUUUCAUUUUUCACAAACUUGCUCAAGUGCUCCCAUCUUUCUGAGUCCUCGCUGUGUGAAAGCAGCCCCACAAGCAUUACACAGGUGUUUAUUAGAUUACAAGUCAAUGUAACUUCUAGGGAGCAUAGAAUAUAACAGCAAGGAGUUUAGAAAAAAUUGGGGAGGGGGUUUUAGCAUGUGGAAUAUUUAUGAACACUAGAACCAUUGUUCUAUCCCUCUCGCCUCUGCACAGGCAUGCAAGUCAGCCCACGCACACUCCACCUGCACGGCCUUUGAGAACUGGUCCUUGCAGAAUUCCUCAGUGCAGGGAGGGCAAUGGGAUAAGUGAGGGAAAAUGAAGAAGGCUUCAGGCUCUGCCCCCCCCCCCCCCAGCAGAGCUGCUCUGUUUUAAUCCAUUAUUUACGUGGUGCGUACUGGUAAGACUUCUUUGCAUGAAAGAGUUUGUGAUAAAGAAAAAGAGGAAGAGGAAGGAAACUAGGAAGAGCAGGAGGAGAUUGGAGUCUUUGCUCUAGCCCAUGGCAGAAGGCCAAUAUUAAAGAGCCAUCUGGGCAUAAGAGGCGUCUAGGCUGGGACUAUCCAAGCCAUUAUUCUCAGGGUUAAUAGCUCAAGGACAUCGAUUCUGUUUCUUACCUCUACUCUGCUCACAAAAAAUUCUCUUUUUAUUUUAUUACUUGAACUGAUAACCUUCAUCAUGGGGCACCAUAGCAGGAGAGAAAGCAACAGGAUAGUUCUGUUAGGCCUAGUUUUUGCACUUUGGAGAAACUAAAUGGUUUUGGUCUGUCCAGAGACUGCCUAAUAGCAGCGAAGUCCUUAGAAUGUAUGUAAUCCAUGCUUCUCAACUGGCUGAAACUCCAGCUGCACCUUUUUAAGGGAGAGGGCAACCAUGGCAUUGGGAUGGAUAUUGAGGAGUGAACACAGCCAAGUGGUAGGCAGGAGACUUGUCCAGCUGGAGUGAAGAGGGGAGAACAAGGCUGAAAGUGAGCAGAUGCCAAAUGGGGAGCCACUGAAUGCCCAACUAAACAGUCUGGAAUUGAUUCCUUAGGCAACAGGGGACAUUGAUUUUUAUUUAUUUUUCCUUUCUUCCUUUCUUUUUGCUUUUUAAAGGAAUAAGCAGAAUGGGACAGUCAGAAGAUACUUGUGAUGGCGAUAGGUGGGAGAAUUGGCAGACUUAACUCAUGAGUUGUUUCUGUUCUUGUCUUUGAGCCUUGAUUUCUAAAUCCUUAAUAUAGGAAAAUCCUAUGUCUUUCUUAAGAUUGUAGCAAGAAUUAAGGGGAAGUUAUUGUGACCAUCAUUGAUCUGGAGGCUGUGUGGCAGGAAGUUACAAGUGUAGUCUAUGGUAGUGGAGGCCAAGAUUCAAAUCUCAGCAUUGCUUCUAAGCUUGGACCUAGGGCAAGUAACUGUACAGUAGAGUGAUAAUAGUAUCUAUCUUAUAGGGCUGCUGUGAGAAUUAAAAUGUAAAGUGCUUAGCAAGCAGAAUGCGCUUGUCCACGUAAGGGGUAUAAAUGGGAUAUUGCCAGUGGGAAUGGAAAGAAGCAGUUACAUGCAAGCAACAUUAUUAAGAUAGAAUAUGGAGAUAUAAACCUCUUUUUAAAAAAUUAAUUAUCUUAUUUAUUUAUUUGAACGGCAGAGAGAGACAGAGAUUGCCCAUCUGCUGGUUCACUCUCCAAAUGCCCCUAACAACUGGGUUGGGCCAGGAUGAAGCCAGGAGCCAGGAAUCAAUAUGAGUCUCCCAUCUGGGUGACGGGAAUGACAGAAACCGAACCACUUAAGCCAUCCCCUGCUGCCUCUCAUGGUGUACCUUCUGAGGAAGCUGGAAGCCAGGAUCAGAGCUGGGACUCAAACCCAUGCACUCUAAUAUGAGAUGCAAGUGUCCCAAGUGGAGCUGUGCUGAACACCCGCCCCUGAAGUUAGACUAUGAUAAUAGCUGUUUGCAUGUGAGAGAUACAGAGAAGUAACGGCAACAGUGAGUUUGCCCUUCUUAAAGACUAAGACACAGUGGUGUCGGGUAGAGAGACAGCAAGAGGAUAAGCAUACGCAGGAAGACAAUUCUAUGAGAUGGUUGUGGGGUAUAUACAGUGUACUUACAACAUAUAUAUACAUAUAUAUAUAUACAUAAAUAUUCUUACAACAUAUGUGUAUACACACACACACACACACACACACACAGAGUACUGACCUAUAACUGUGGAGUUACCUGGCAGGCAGGCAGUGUUGUAGGACUAGAAAAGAAGAUCAAAGAAAUGGCUAGAGAGCUAGCACUGAGGUGUUCACGUACUUAGAAUCAGUGGUUGAAAUUAUGACAUUGACUGAGGACACUAAGAAAGUGGAUGAGAUGACAGGAGAUAGAAAUUCUGGGAAGCCUGGAAGAGUCCCUGUUACAGCUUCUGUUUAAUGUAUAAAUGGUAUUGUCCCAGCAGAUUUCAAGAACGGAAUGGGGCAGUGGGUGCUACAUCUUUUGAUUUUUAGGAACAUUCCAAGUUCUAAAAGUAAUUGAAAAUUGUUCAUAAAUACAGAAAAACACAAGAAGGGAAUAAUAAUCUCCCAAACAUAUUAUUAACACUUGCUGUACUUCUUUCCAAAUAACUGUCUCUAUUUUUGGCUCAGUUGCAAUGACACUAUUCCAACAGUUUUCUAUUAUAUUUCUUUUUCACUUAGGAAUUAUAAGAACCUCCCCUGAGAAUUUUCUCAUGUCACUAGCAAUUCUAAGGGAGCACAGGGCUCACACACACAUUCCUUGAACCCGAGAAGCCAAACAUGUGACUGUAGGGACAUAAUGAUUUCUAUUCAAAUCUCAGAGGGAAGAGUAAUAACUAGGACUUGCCGUGACAUUACAGGUGCUAUUUCAGGGUGAGACUGUGGUGCCAUCACUCUAAGGAGAUGUAAUUAUAUAAAGCAUUUCAACCACAGUUAACAAGGACAGCUGUCAACAAAGCCAGUUGUAUCAUUCACAUUAAGUUACUCCAAUUAGAGUUGUCAUUCUAGAAACAACUAUAAUCUCAUUAGUGUUUGAAAGCCACAUUAAGCAUUUCUGAGAAAGGUGCACUCUUGCUUGUUGUCCAGAGGAUUCUACCAUAGUACAGUUUAGUAGGGAUCCUGGUCUCAAGAUGUUUUCAACCUGCCAGGUAUAUAAGAUAACUCUGCACCCUAUCUGUAGCACUACUAGAUGGAAAAAAAUGUGAAUUUUUAUUUACUGUAUCAUCAAAAUCUUGCAAGCUAAGCAGACUAUUCAGGAGGGAAGAGUUGGUAGCUUGUACCCUAAGUUUAUAAAUUCAUCUGCAAAGGUGUAAAACAUCAAUCUCGCCCAUUAAAUCUCUUUAUCCAAGCAAUUUUCCAUUGUUUACUCACCAGAAAGCAGAAGAAAGUAAAAUGAACACUUUACUGACUUCUGAUAAUAAAAUAUACAGGCCGGGCUUGGGAGGAGAUGUGAAUUUCCCCCAAAGCACGCCUCCCGUACCAGCAGCAAGAUAGGGCUCUCAGCAGCGGAGGCGGUGUCUUUUCAACAUUAUUCUUCUGAGUAGAUGCUACAAAAUUGCUCACACAGUACACAGGAUUGUCAUGUCAAAAGAUGGGGAGAGGAAAUUAUAGUCAAUUCUGAAUGCAAGGAAAUGAUGUUUAUUUCUCCAUUUCUCUUUGCCCAUGUUGUAUGGCAUUCAUGUUGUUUG